UUCGCCUUUGCUUUCUGCACGCAGACUUGUCUCUGUUUGUGCCUCUCCUUCUCAGCUCUCUCCUUCUGCUUUUCUUAUAACUCAUUCAAAGCACGAGUGCUCUGUACCCUUCAUAUUACCUAACUAUUACUCUGUCUCGUACUCUGGUUUCCUCUUAUCCCGGGUUUGAAGUUGUUUUUGCUCUUCAGAAUCCUUAAUUUUUUUCUGCAAUCUGCUGUUUCUGUUUUCGGUAUUCGUAGUCUUGGUUAAUUCUGGUCCUCUUUGGAAGAGAAAGAAACGUAUUGGUUUGGCCAAAAAGUUUUAAAAAGCUGUAAAGAUGACGAAACAGAAUGUGCUAGCCUCUGGUACCAAAUCUAGUGUCAACCUUGCAAUUACUAUGGCCAUGUCGGAACCGUCCAUUUUCACGGCAGCAACGGCCGGGGGAUACAUUUCCAUUUCAAGUGCUUGGGUUGACUCGAUGAGAGCUUGUUCUCCUACCCGUAUCAGAACCGCGCCUUCUUUGGCCGACCAUGACCAGAGUUCUUGGAUUGAUCACCAUCCUUCAGCCUUGGACAUGUUUGAGCAAAUCAUUGAUGCCUCAAAGGGAAAGAAGAUAGUGAUGUUUCUGGACUAUGACGGCACACUCUCUCCGAUAGUCGACGACCCGGAUCGAGCUUUCAUGUCUGAUGCGAUGAGAAAGACGGUGAGAAAACUUGCGAACUGUUUUCCCACUGCCAUUGUGAGUGGGAGGUGCAGAGAUAAGGUGUAUAGCUUCGUACGGUUAGCAGAGUUGUACUAUGCCGGAAGCCAUGGCAUGGACAUUAAAGGACCGGCAAAAGGCUCCAAAUACAAGAAAGCGGGUAGUAGAGGUCGUGCUGUUCAGUUCCAACCCGCCAGUAAAUUUCUUCCGAUGAUUGACGAGGUUUACAAGCAGUUGGUGGAGAAAACUAAAGCAAUUCCGGGGGCUCAAGUGGAGCACAAUAAGUUCUGUGUGUCUGUUCAUUUUCGACGUGUCGAGGAAAAGAAAUGGAAUGAACUGGCCCAACAAGUUAGAUCAGUAUUGAAAGAGUACCCAAAGCUUCGACUAACUCAAGGAAGAAAGGUGCUAGAAAUCCGACCUACCAUAAAAUGGGACAAGGGGAAGGCUCUAGAAUUUUUGUUAGAGUCUCUUGGAUUUGCCAAUUGUGCGGAUGUUUUUCCUGUUUAUAUUGGAGAUGAUCGGACAGAUGAAGAUGCAUUCAAGAUAUUAAGAGAGAGAGGACAAGGUUUUGGCAUACUCGUCUCCAAGUUCCCAAAAGAAACAAGUGCAUCUUAUUCUUUACAAGAACCAGACGAGGUUAUGGACUUUUUGAAACGCUUGGUCCAGUGGAAACGACCCUCACUGCGAGCACAGUUUUAAGGUGUAAAGUAAUAAUAAUAUGAAAAUAUCGCCACCCCAGCCACGCUUCUAGGAAAUGUACAGGGGUGGAAAGACAACAUUACUGUGAUAUUUUCUUGUCUUAGGCGUUGUACGUCUUGUAAACUACCUUUGUACAGGGGUGGAAAAACAAGUUCAACUUG